AUGAAAAGACCAAGCUCCAGGUCAGGCUCAUUUUCAUCCACUUCACCAGCUUCGAGUUCAGGCAGCAGCAACGCACGAAGUUCUCUCAAUGGAAUUAUUUCGGUUCAAAGAAUAAAAAAUACGGCCAAUGAAAAUCCAUACAUUGAUGAGGAUGAAGAUUUGAAAUAUCAUAAUUAUUCGGAACGAAAAUUAAAACAACCAAUUGGACAAACGAUUAUGGAAUUAUCAAAUUCCUCAACGAUGAAGAAUACUACCAGAAAGUCUCAGAAUGCUAGUUUGAACGGAUCCAGUAGUGCCAUUCCGCCAUCCAACGGACCACAGUCCGAAUCCAUCACUAAAUCAUCGUUUAAAACAAAAGAAGAAACAAUUUUAGAGGAAGAAUAUAUUCGUAAUUUACAAAAACAAAUUAAUUUACUUUCUACAGAGUUGGACUUGCAAAAGAAAGUGAAUCAGGAACGAGAACGAAAAAUGGCUGAAAAGACAGACGCGUUGGAAGAUCCCAUUCUAACCCUAAAGAAAAAAUUUGCAGAAAAGGAUGAGAUUAAUCAUCAUUAUAUUGAAAAGUUUCAACAGGAAAUUGCAGAUCGUGAAAAUACCAUUGUCAAGCUCAAAGAAAAAUACAAGAAAUGGAAAAACAAGAAUGUUCAAGAACGAGAAUCUGCAAAACAAGAGAUACGAAGCCUCCAUGAAAAGUACGUACCUGAAGUGAUCAAGUUAGAGAAGCAAGUGGACAUGCUUCAAUUACGUCUCAAGCAAGAACAAACAGAAAAUGAAAGAAAGAAUGAAGAUGCCAAACAAUUCCUGAAAGAGAUUGGAGAAAUUACCAAACAAGUAGAUUUCCUCAAAAUGCAAAAAGAUCAAACCGAAAAGCAAUUACAGCCUCUUAUGGACGAAUUGUCACAAGUGAAAAAAGAGCUUUUGAGCUACAAUACAGAUCGUGAUAAAGACAAGAAUGAGAUUGAAUCAUUGAAAGGUAGACUUUCAAAGUACGAAAAGGAGUGGGAAGAUGCUGUUCAUCAGCUCAAGAAAAAAGAGUUGGAGACAAAACAGCUAGAACUCGACAAGGAAUUGCUUUGUGCUGAAAGAGAUAAGGUGAAGGAGCAAGUUGUGACGCUAAAUAACAAGAAUAACGAGCUUGAUACACAAAUAACCAAACUUCAAACAAAACUCAACGAGACCCAAUGGAUUUAA